AUGCUCAACCGAAAACUACGUCGCCUGAUUGUCAGCAUUGAUGAGAUCCGAGCACACAACCGGGAGAUGGCAGAUGGCCUCCUUACAUCUCCUUUUGACUGGACACAAGCCUUCGACAGAGCCCUGAAAGAUGUUAUCAAGACUCUCCCUAACCGCCCGUCAAGCGAAACCGCCGACGAAGUGAAUUAUUACUGUGCUUACGUUGGCGCAUUUGGGGAAUUCUCAUGUAACCCUAGAACUCUCGGAUCCUCACACCUUAACCGAAUGGUUUCUCUUGAGGGGAUUGUGACGAAAUGCUCGUUGGUUCGACCAAAGAUCAUUCAGAGUGUGCAUUACAACGAGCGAAAAGACAGAUUUGUUACAAGGAAAUAUAGGGAUCAGACCAUGACAGCCACUGGCGCAACAUUUAUGAACAUAUACCCUCAGGAGGAUGAAGAUAAGAACCCGCUCAUUACAGAAUACGGUUAUUGUACGUACAUGGAUCAUCAAACGAUAUCCAUUCAGGAAAUGCCUGAACGUGCCCCAGCCGGUCAACUUCCCCGAAGUGUUGAUGUGAUUGUUGAUGACGAUUUGGUCGAUCGAGCAAAACCUGGGGACAGAAUUCAAUUGGUUGGAAUCUACCGCUCUCUGGGAAACCGAAACGCCAGUUCAGGAUCUUCCACCUUCCGCACAGUCGUUAUGGCAAAUAAUAUCAUCCAGUUGUCAUCGAAGUCAGGCGGAGGGAUUGCUCAGGCCACUAUUACUGACACCGACAUUCGAAACAUCAACAAGAUCUCCAAGAAGAAGCAUGUCUUCGAAUUGCUGUCCAGCUCCCUUGCUCCCAGUAUUCAUGGACACGAGUACAUCAAGAAAGCCAUUCUACUCAUGCUCUUGGGUGGUAUGGAAAAGAAUCUCGACAAUGGUACGCACUUGCGUGGUGACAUCAAUAUCCUCAUGGUUGGUGAUCCUUCCACUGCAAAGUCUCAGAUGCUUCGUUUUGUCCUCAAUACAGCCCCACUUGCCAUAGCUACGACUGGUCGAGGAUCUUCCGGCGUUGGUCUCACUGCUGCUGUUACCUCCGACAAGGAGACAGGCGAGCGGCGACUUGAGGCAGGUGCUAUGGUUCUGGGAGAUAGGGGUGUGGUCUGUAUUGACGAGUUUGACAAAAUGAGUGAUGUAGACCGCGUGGCUAUCCACGAAGUCAUGGAACAGCAGACGGUCACCAUUGCUAAAGCAGGCAUUCAUACCAGUCUAAACGCUCGUUGUAGUGUCCUGGCUGCUGCUAACCCUAUCUAUGGUCAAUAUGAUCCCCACAAAGACCCGCAUAAGAAUAUUGCCUUGCCCGACUCCCUACUAUCUCGUUUUGAUUUACUGUUCGUUGUGACGGACGACAUUGAAGAUGCCAGAGACAGAAUGGUGUCUGAGCAUGUUCUUCGCAUGCAUCGUUAUCGCCAACCCGGCACAGAGGAAGGUGCACCUGUACGAGAACAACUCAACCAGACAUUGGGCGUUGGUAUUGAUGAUGCAGACGACUCCAAUCAACCAACUGAUGUCUUCGAGAAGUUCAAUGCAAUGCUUCAUGUCGGCAUUGCCAACACAAGCAGAGGACGGAAGAAGGACAUUGAAAUCCUCAGCAUCCCAUUCAUCAAGAAGUACAUCCAAUACGCGAAGUCACGGAUCAAGCCCAUCCUCACAAAGGGCGCUGCUGACCAUAUUGUUGCUACAUACUCUGCACUUCGAAACGAUGAGCUGUCAGCAAAUCAGCGACGAACAUCGCCAAUCACUGCCCGUACCCUAGAGACGCUGAUUCGUCUUUCAACAGCACACGCCAAAGCCCGCCUGUCAAGCCGGGUUGAGGAGAGAGAUGCCAAGGUAGCGGAAUCUAUCCUGCGCUUCGCGAUGUUCAAGGAAAUCGUGGAAGAUGAACGCCGCAAGAGAAGAAAGGUCACCACCUUCGACGACGAUUCUGAGUCCAGCGACGACGACUCAGAUGAGGAUGGCGACGACGACCAAACCCCUACAAACGCCUCUGUCACUCCUCGCUCUACCCGGAGAAACCUACGUACCCGAGCGCCAGCAGCAGCCCGUUCUUCGACAAACGAGGACGUGGAAAUGGACGCCGACGGCGACAAUGUCUCCGUGGUUGAAGAUGAUCUGUACAAUGCCAGUCCCCGUGGGCAGCGGAACCAGUCCAGCCAAUCCCAAAUGUCCGUUGCGUCGUCCCGGCCGGCCUCACAGCUCAUCGGAUCCCAGACAGACACUUCACAAACACAAAAUGCAUCCGCGUCCGCGCCCGCAUCCUCCCAGACAAUAACGCCCGCGCGUCUGACACUCUUCCGACAAGCACUAGGGCCUUUGAUGGGCACCGCGCUUUUCUCUUCAUCAGACACUGCCGAUCUUGAGGAGCUUAUUGGUGCCGUGAACGCGGCUAUCCGUUCUUCUCGCUCACUAGGCGGCGAAUCGGCGGUCUUCCAGCGGCCGGAGGCAAUCCAAGCUUUGAAAGCUAUGAAUGAGAGAAACGAAUUGAUGUACCUCGAAGACGACGAGACUGUCUACAGGAUUUAG